ACGUCAUCUCUUGCUUCUCAAGCACAGAACUCUCAAGUGAAACCUUGUGGCUGAUAGGAGCUGAAACGAAAAGCCACACGGUUAGACUUCCCAGCUGUAAAAAUACUUCGAAACCGUCCGGAUUUGUCACAGAAUAGAAUGUCUUCACUUCUCAAGGUGGACAAUGAGAUCAAAACCAAGGUUGAUGCUUUCAGGGAACGGAUCACAGGAGAGGCAGAAGAUUUGGUUGCAAAUUUUUUCCCGAAGAAGUUAUUAGAACUCGAUCAUUUCCUCAAGGACCCAAUCUUAAACAUCCAUGAGCUGAAAGAUAUCCACUCAGAGAUCAACUUGACAGUGCCGGACCCCAUUCUUCUCACGAACAGCCAUGAUGGGCUGGAGGGGCCGCUGUUUGCAUCACAGCAAAAUGCCAAGAAGAGGAAGCUGGAAGAUGCUGCAAGUGAGGACAAUUGUCAAGUUGCUGGCACAAAGGUCUUCGUCAUGCCAGGUGGGAUGAUGAAGAGCAACAACAAGCUGGUGGACCUUAUUGAGAAAGUCAAGCCGGAGAUCAGGACGCUGAUCGAGAAAUGCAACACGGUCAAAAUGUGGGUCCAGUUGCUAAUCCCAAGAAUAGAAGACGGCAACAACUUUGGUGUUUCAAUUCAGGAGGAGACAGUAGCAGAGCUAAGGACAGUGGAAGGGGAAGCGGCGUCUUACCUGGACCAGAUAUCUAGAUACUACAUCACAAGGGCAAAACUGGUUUCCAAAAUUGCCAAGUACCCACAUGUGGAGGACUAUCGGCGCACGGUGACUGAGAUUGACGAGAAAGAAUACAUUAGCCUGAAGAUCAUCGUUUCAGAGCUGAGGAAUCAAUACGUCACGUUACACGACAUGAUUCUGAAGAACAUCGAGAAGAUCAAGAGGCCGCGGAGCAGCAAUGCCGACGCGCUGUACUAGGACCCCCAGGAAACGUCUCAUCCACUCCCAUUCCAGCCCCAGCGCCCCCACCCUCCCCCUCCCCCUCCACAGUGCUGUCUACAUGGCUGGAGCCCUGGUUCGGUUCUGGUGAAGCGGACUGCUACGACCGGGUCAAAAUGGACCGUCAUGUGACAAAACCACAUGAAAUAAUAAAGCUUUUUAUGUUAGAAUUUCAAAGUUUAUCGCCAUUUUAAACCUCAUUGAGGAUACUUCAAGUUCCAAGUGGCAGAGCAGGCCUUAUUCUGGCCCAAUGCAAGGUAAAUGUUAAAUUGCAUCCCCCAGAGAAGUUCUCUCACAAAAAAAAGGCCAUUUUUUUGAUUUGUGAAACAAUACUAACAAUGAAGUUAAGUCUAAAUGCUGGAUUUUCCUCUAUUUUUGGUCAAGCAGGCUUGAAUCAGACAGAAUUUAUCAGUUUAUCUCCUGCAUUGCAGAGGUCAGAAGCACGUAGGGCAGUUUACUGCAUUUCGUCAGACUGAUCCUGUUGACAUUUUACUCUCUUUGGUUGGCAGUCUGCGAAGGGACAUAGCUAUUCAAUUUUCUUUGAGAGAGAGAGAGAGAAUUUUUAAAGUCCAUUUAGCUCUUAGUUAAUGAAACAUGCAGUGUUCUCGUUUUGUUUUCCAUUGUCCUUUGGUGUUUGUGCGUGUUUUGACUGACAUUUGAUGUCUAGUACAAUUCUCAAAUAAGGAAAACUUCCAGAAAGAAAAGGCAAAUGAAACUCCUGUUUUGAGCAAUCAUUAACUUGAAUGUAAGGCUGAAGUUUGUGGCUGCGUUGGGACAAUGUGAUGUGUGAAGGAAAGGAAAUGCCAAAUGUUAGGAACCACAAUUGGGUUAGAAUUAAAUGGUGGUGAGAUUUUGAUCUCGCUUCUGGAAAAGUCCGUUUUUUUUUCCUCCCUCCCAUUACUUACUCCCACAUUCACGGCAACAUUCAUUCCCUAAAAGAAGCUGCAUUGUUAAGGUCCUCAAAAGCAUGUGUUUUGUUCACAUAACUAUUAUUUUACUGAAUAAAAUAUUAUUUUUAAAA